GGGACCCAGCGCUCGGCCUCCCCGAGCGACAUGCGGCGCUGACGAGCUGGGGACCCUCCGCAGCGACGCCAUGAAUCUUCUGCCGUGUAACCCCCACGGCAACGGGCUUCUCUACGCCGGCUUCAACCAGGACCACGGGUGCUUUGCCUGUGGGAUGGAAAAUGGAUUCCGAGUCUAUAACACCGAUCCGCUAAAAGAAAAAGAGAAACAAGAAUUUCUAGAAGGAGGAGUUGGCCAUGUUGAAAUGUUAUUCCGCUGCAACUAUUUGGCUUUAGUCGGUGGUGGGAAAAAGCCGAAGUACCCGCCCAACAAAGUGAUGAUCUGGGACGACCUGAAGAAGAAGACCGUCAUUGAAAUCGAGUUUUCUACGGAGGUCAAGGCCGUGAAACUGCGGCGAGACCGAAUUGUGGUGGUUUUGGACUCUAUGAUUAAGGUGUUUACAUUUACACACAACCCCCAUCAAUUGCACGUCUUUGAAACCUGCUAUAACCCUAAAGGCCUCUGUGUCCUGUGCCCCAACAGUAACAACUCCCUCCUGGCCUUCCCGGGUACACACACGGGCCACGUGCAGCUCGUGGACCUGGCCAGCACCGAGAAGCCGCCCGUGGACAUCCCUGCCCACGAGGGCGUCCUGAGCUGCAUCGCCCUCAGCCUGCAGGGGACAAGAAUUGCCACCGCGUCUGAAAAAGGGACCCUUAUAAGAAUAUUUGAUACUUCAUCAGGGCAUUUAAUCCAGGAACUGCGAAGAGGGUCUCAAGCAGCUAACAUUUACUGCAUUAACUUCAAUCAGGACGCGUCCCUCAUCUGCGUGUCCAGUGACCACGGCACGGUGCACAUUUUUGCUGCCGAAGAUCCGAAGAGGAACAAGCAGUCUAGUUUGGCGUCUGCCAGUUUCCUUCCAAAGUACUUCAGUUCCAAGUGGAGUUUCUCCAAGUUUCAGGUCCCCUCUGGCUCUCCGUGCAUCUGUGCCUUUGGGACAGAGCCAAAUGCUGUCCUCGCCAUCUGCGCAGACGGAAGCUACUACAAGUUCCUGUUCAACCCCAAGGGAGAGUGCAUCCGGGACGUGUACGCGCAGUUCCUGGAAAUGACCGACGACAAGCUGUGACUUCCCCCGCGGUGCCGUCAGCACCCCUGGCCGAGCACCCCCGAAGUGCUGAGUGUGCCCCUCAAACUCCUGGGGCUGGUGCUGGCACCCUCGGGCCUCGUGGGUGACGGGUGGAGGGACUACGUGGGACCUUGGGCUUGAAGCCGCCUGCGCCGCCUGCUUUCCUGAGCAGGCCUUCACAUUUCCAGUAUUACAGAACCGCCGUCGGGGCCCUGUGGGCACGCGUGGCGCCAGUGCUGACGGUCAUUGCUUCCUGGCACUUGCAGCCGGCGCUCCAUGCAGAGCUGGGGGCCAUGUUGAGAAAAAGACGGACAGGUUGGAGUCUGUUUCUGGCAACAGGUUCCACCGUUUUUAUCGAGUUCGAUGGGGAAGUGAACCAGCGUCUCCACGUUAGCUCUUAGAAGCAGAUCUAGGUAGGUAGUGAUGCCAGCGGCUUGCCUUAGAAAGGAGAAAGGAACUUUCUCCCAUCUGAACACGGGGGAGACGCGGCCGGGCUAGGCAGCACAGGGGGCGUCUCCCCGAUUCCCACGCCACAGCCGUCUUGGUGCCUGUCGUGAGCCUGUGCUUCGGGGGGUGUGCACAACCUGCCGGCGUCCCCAUCUUCGAGCUAUGGGAACUGGGGCGAACCCCAGGCCCACUGUGAGCAGUGUGCUCCGUGCACCGCCCGGGGUCUGCUGGCUCUGCUGGUGCAGCCCCAGGUGGAAACCGUUCCCUGUCGUGUGUGGGGACAGUAGGGCACAGACAUUAAACUCAGUCGCAGGAGACAGCACCACUUAGAUUGGAGGGCGUGCGGGAAACGCCUGUCGUCUCAGCGAGGCGUCUGUCGGCGUGGAGCGGAGCUGCAGCGCGUGCGCACGGCCCUUGCCGUCCUCCCAGCGUGAGAACAGCUGCACACUAACGUUUGAGAACGAGAGGCACAUGACGUUUUUAACAUUUGGUGACUGAGAUAGGUUCCAGGCUCUAUGUUGUACUACUUGAGGCAUGUAUUUUCUUAAAUUCCCUUUGAAGAAACCUAAUUUUAUGGUUUUGAUUUCAGGUUGCAAACGUUUAAAAUCUGCAGCAGCAAGUCCUCCGUUUUGCGAGUUCUUUUCCUGUCAUGUAAUCAGCUAACUGUGGGUUUCAAUGUAAAGUAUGCAUGUUACUUUUAUGUGUAUUUAAUCAUGAAAUUUAAUUUUGCACACUUAUUUUUAAUGUUUCUUUUAAAUAAAAGUGACUAAUUUUGUUGUACUCUGUACCCACCAAGGAAGAAGAAUUGUAUGUUACGAAAGCAAGCCCCUGGGUUUGAGGGCCCCGUGUGGGUGACGUUCGUUGGCUAUACCGACUCUGACAGGCGAGCCUGGACUGUUUUGUGUGGUGCGGCUCUCACAGUGACUCUGCUCACACUUCAGCCCUCCAUCCAGGGAGGGGAGUGUGAGGCACCCUUCCCAUUGGCAGCAGUGCUAGUUCAUGUCCCCUCAGACCCUGUAGUGUGAGUGUCCUCGCAGUGCCUGGGGACAGCUUUAGGACUGGUGAGGGAGCAGGGCGGACUCACGUGGCAGGCACACCCUACCCCAUCAGAGCCCGCACUGAGCGCGCGAAUGACAACGGACAUGCCGUGUGAUGCGUCAGGGAGCCCCGGCCAAGGGGUGCUGGAGUGAGCUGGGGAGCCACCCCGCCAGUGUGAGGCUCGUUUGUCCUCUGGGGGCGUCCAUGUCUCGUCUGCAGGAGGCUCAUGGAAGGCAGGUCAAGGGCCUGGGAGCCUGAGGCAGCCCUACGUGUGUGGCCUCGAUUUUCCACCCUGGAGAGGUGGCCGGGGAAUGGCAGCGUCCAUGGUGUGGGGGCUGUCGGGCAGAGCUGUGGGUUCAUUUAGAGUAGCAGGCUGUCUUUCAAGCUGGGACCGUGGAUUUCAAGCCUGUGUCGAGAAGGGGUAGCUCUGAGCUGGGGCUCCCUGAACAUGGGUGCAGACAUGUGACUUCCAGAACUACCACCCCCCACCUCCGCCCCCCGCCCCAAGUGGCUAGCUUUGACAGCGGUAGUGCUUUGUCCACCAAGUGUCACUGCAAAUGUUCCUUCUUGUGGCACAGCCUUCUGUCGGUCUUUCAGGCCCUGGCCAGGAGGGUUCUGCGCACCUCUCGGCCCCGUCUCUCCACCCCACAGGCUUCUAAAGUCCCUGUUCAGUGAGGCAGUUGCCUCGGCGCCCUGCAGCCUCCCGCCUGUUCUGUGGGGCCCGUCAGUGGCAGCGCCUUGCUUGGGGCACUACCUGGGUCUCAGGCUGUCGCGUAGGGUGGUGCCGAUCCACGGCUCGCGGCUCUGCAGCGCUUCUCUCUGCAGCCAAACCGAGGGGAAAGGCCAGAGCUGACUUCACUGGGCUCUGGAAGCGGCGCUGGGUCGGCUACGACACUUCGGAACUUGUGCCGAAAGUCUGCUCAGGAUGGAUCAGAGAAUACCACCCCAAACCAAAACGUCUGCUGUAAAAUAAAGGCAUCUAGAAAGAAGGUGAAGCUGGAACACUGCCCGCGUGCCACGUCCAGACGGCCACUCUCGGAAAGCCAUCCGCCUUCUGGGAUGGAGUUUAAAGUUUUCGGUUGCAUUAGGGGGACCGCUCUUUACUUUAAAAAACUCAUGAACAUAGCAGGGUAUACUUUAAUUGUCCAAAGAUGUGUAUUUGUAUUUUUUGUUACAUAAAAUUUGGAAAUGGAAAUCCCUGUGCAUAUGUGUUUGCACACUUGUCCUGUUUCUUUGGGAUCAUCUGCAAUUGCCAAGCCAUAGGUGCGCAUGUGUAAGAUUCGACAAAUGCGUGCCACUUCUGUGGCCGUGAUUCUCAGCUUCCACACCCAUUUUCACCAGGAUGAAGCUCUGAGCACGAUCUUUUUAACGCUGAUGCACAAAAAAAGACUCUGCCUCCAAGUCGGGUUGAAUGUUCUGGAAUUCCUCUGCUGGCCAUGUGUAAUUGAUUUACAAAUUGCUUAUUCAUGUCUUCGCCUAUUUUUCUGUUGGUAGACUUCGUCUUUUUUGUGAGAACUCUCUAUAUAACCACCCGUUGUUAUUUUUUCCACUUUGUUCGUUUGAGUUUGAGGAUUUUUACUUAUCUGUAUGCAUACCUUGAAUCGUUACGUGGUCUUUUUCCUUGGUUUCCGGUAUUGGUUCAUUAAAACCGCAUUUUUCAUUG